AUGACCUCCCCUCUACCCCGUAUCCUCGUCUUCGGCACCGGUAGCGUCGGCGCCGUCUACGCCUGGAUCCUCUCCCGAGCCGUCACGCCUUCCAACAUCUACUGCAUCUGCCGCUCAAAUUACACCGUGGCCUCCACCACGGGCUUCACCAUCAACAGCACAAUCUUCGGGCAAAACCUCAACCUGAAACCCAACGUCGCGCGCACCGUCGAGGAAGCCGUCUCCCUCCUACCCUCAGGCGACCAGUUCGACUACGUCGUCGUCACAGCAAAAGCCAUCCCCAGCACGCCGAGCAUAGCAGAGCAACUGAGGCCCGCGGUCGGCCCUAACACCAUCAUCGCCGUGAUCCAGAACGGCAUCGCAGUCGAAGAACCCUACGCGCAACUCUAUCCAACCAACCCGUUAUUGUCCUGCGUAGUCUACCUCCCGGCCACGCAAAUCUCCCCCGGCGUCAUCGUCCACAAAGAAAUCGAUCUCCUCCACAUAGGAACGUACCCUUCCAACUCUGCCACGUGUCAUCCCGUAGCCGAAUCGUUCUCCGCGCUCCUGACCCAGGGCGGCGGCCGCACCAAAGUCCACAGCGACGUCCAAGCCGCACGCUUCAGCAAACUGCUCAUCAACGCCGCGUGGAAUCCCGUCUGCGCGCUCUCCCUGUCCAGGGAUGGCGAGUUCCUGCACGCCUCGCCGCCCGAGAUCUCCCUCAACCUCAUCAAAUCGCUCAUGCUCGAGAUCGCGCACAUCGCCCAGGCGUGCGGCUACGAUGGUAUCAAUGCCGAGACGGUCGAGUAUCAGAUCAACCGCGCAAAGGUGCGCGAGUUGCCCGGUGUCGAGCCGAGCAUGAUGGCAGAUGCCAAGGUUCACGCGAGAAUGGAGGUCGAUGCUAUUGUGGGCAACGCGGUCAGAUUGGCGGAGAGCAAGGGCGUGGAAACGCCGCUCCUACGAGGCAUCUAUGCGCUUGUCAAGGCUUUGGAUCUGAGUUUCGCGAGGGAGCGAGAGGCCAAGUUGAGGGUGUUGGAAGACGUAGGCUUGGAUGGGGAGAGCAAGACGUGA